AUGGCGCCACGCAAAGAAUUUCGAUCUAACCUUAAUGUAAUAAAAGCACCGAAGAAAAAUACUAAGAAAUGGUAUGAAAAUUACGUAGAAUGGAGAAAAUUAAGUUCCCUAUUGACAGAUCCAAGAAAACUGUUUCUUAUUGGAAGAUUGUUUAUUAUAUUGGAAAUCGUUCUAAAUGUACUGGUUAUCGAAAGGGUACCAUAUACAGAAAUCGACUGGAAGGCGUAUAUGCAAGAAGUUGAAGGUUUUUUGAAUGGAACGUUGGAUUAUUCGAAAUUAAAAGGUGACACAGGACCAUUAGUCUAUCCUGCAGGAUUUGUUUAUAUAUUUUCGAUAUUGUACUUCAUCACGGAACAUGGGACAAAGAUAAAAAUAGCACAAUACUUUUUCGCAGUUCUUUAUAUUGUACUGCUUAUAUUAGUUUUCCGAAUUUAUGCGAAAACUAAGAAAGUACCUCCAUAUGUCUUGAUAAUUAUGUGUUGCACAUCUUAUAGAGUUCAUUCUAUAUUUACUUUGAGACUUUUUAAUGAUCCAGUUGCGAUGGUACUGUUAUUUGCUAGUCUGAAUGCAUUUUUAGAUGACCAUUGGUAUUUAGGAAGAAUGUUCAAGACAGCAAUACAUUUAUUUAUAUGUGCUUUAAUUCAAUUAAUAUUAGGUCUUCCUUUUUUGUUAAACAAUCCAUUUGCAUAUAUAAAAAAUGCUUUUAAUCUUGGAAGAGUUUUCGAGUUUAAGUGGACUGUAAAUUGGAAGUUUCUGCCAGAAUAUAUUUUUAUUCAUCCAUAUUUUCACAUAUCACUAUUAGUAUUGCAUAUAUUGACUUUAACUUGUUGUAUACCAACAUGGAUAAAAUAUAUGAAAUCAUAUGCAAAAUUAAAGUUUCUAGAAAAAAACUUACAGCCUCAAUUAAAAAAAAAAGAAAAGGUAGAUAUGUCUACAGUCAGUCAAUUAUUUAUUUUUCCAAUGUUUGCUGCAAAUUUUAUUGGUAUGAUAUACAGUAGAUCGUUACAUUAUCAAUUUUAUAUAUGGUAUUAUCAUACACUUCCUUAUAUUGCAUGGUGUACAGAUUAUAAGACUGUAAUAAAGUUAACAAUUUUGGGCAUAAUAGAAUUAUGUUGGAAUACUUAUCCAAGUACCAUUUUUAGCAGCAUUUCAUUACAUAUGUGCCAUUUGAUGUUGUUACUAGGUUUUAUAAAAGAUAAAUCUAAUAUUGAAAAAGAGAAAUAAACAUUUUUAUAUAAUAUAUGUGUCUAUCUUUCCCUUUUUACCUUUCUAUAUAUUAAUUUAAUUUUAGAAUCAAUUAUAUCUUUGAAGAUAUCCACAUCUUCAACAUUUAAGAAAUUAUUUUUGUCUUUGUUAAUAAUAACAUUAAAACUUUAAUAUUACAUUUUAGAUAAAAUUAAAUUCUUGUAUAAAACAUAAAAAAAAUAUUGUAAUUGUGAAAUAUUGUAAAUACAGAACUACAUGUAUUUCUUUAUAUUUAUACAUUAUUUAAAUUAAUGAGAUAUAUUGCAAUUUCUACAAUCAAAAAACUUAUCUCUAGUAUUUUUAUUAUUUAUUAUUUAUUUUUUGUUCAAAUAUUCGAAUGAAAAAAAACAUUCUAACUUUAUCCAAUAGAAACUUUUCAUUUUAGCUGAACUACAGUGACAUGUGA